GUUUCAGACAAGCCAUUAAGCGUAAUGACUAAAUUUGUGUGUGUCUUUUUUCUUUUUUUUGUCAUGACUUUUGUCAAUGAACUCGUUUAUGGUGGUGGUGAAGGAUCUCUUAAACCAGAAGAAUGUCCGACGAAAUGCGACUAUCGUUGUUCAGCGACUCGAGUUAAGAAGGCGUGUCUCUAUUAUUGUAACUUGUGUUGUGAUAAAUGUUUAUGUGUUCCAUCUGGAACCUACGGUAAUAAAGAAGAAUGUCCAUGUUAUAACAACUGGAAAACCAAUAAUGGAACACCUAAGUGUCCCUAAUUCAAUUUCAAUAUAACAUUCUUCUCCACCAAUAA